AUGGGACUCCUGAGCAUCUUGAAGAAGUUGAAGCGUGAUGAAAAAGAGGCUAGGAUACUGGUAUUAGGCCUAGACAAUGCGGGUAAGACAACGAUAUUGCGCAAGCUUAGUGAGGAGGAUAUCACUCAAGUGAUGCCAACACAGGGCUUCAAUAUAAAGAGUCUGGUCCGCGAUGGUUUCAAGCUGAAUGUAUGGGAUAUUGGUGGCCAGAAGACCAUCCGACCCUACUGGUCUAACUACUUUGAGGCUACCGAUGGGCUAGUGUUCGUGGUAGACUCAGCAGAUCGUAGACGAUUGGAGGAGAGCGGCAAGGAACUAAAUGAACUACUGCAAGAGGAUAAGCUGGGAGGGACGGCUCUAUUGGUAUUCGCCAACAAACAGGAUUUGCUACAGGCAUUGCCUGCUAAUGAGAUAUCCGAUGCUUUGCAUUUGGACAAUAUCAGAGAGAGGACUUGGACUAUACAAGCAUGCUCAGCCAAGUCGGGUGAAGGGGUCCAGGAUGGUAUGGAAUGGUUGGUCGGGGUUAUAUCCAGUAAACAGCAGCAUCGUGCACAUCCAUCGUAUUAA